GCGAAGAGCUAACAAAGCCGGGUCCUGCCCCACCUCUCCUGCGCCUUGAGGCUGAGGUCGGUGCCGCCCUUCCCCGCCCAGAUUCUGCUGCUUUGCGCCCGACGAAGGUGCGAGGCGCUGGAUCUCUCCCCACACCUCCCGCCUAAGGCCGGGCGCGAGGUGUCGCCCGGUGCCGGAUAGCCAGUUUGGGAGCGAGCCUCAGGUCAACCAAUCAAUGCCUCAGACACAUAAGCAAAUAUGCAUCCCCCCGGAGCUGCCGGAAUUGCUGAAGCAAUUUACCAAAGCCGCCAUUCGGACACAGCCGCAAGAUCUCAUCCAGUGGGCCGCCGAUUAUUUUGGGGCUAUGUCCCGUGGAGAGAUUCCUCCAGUGAGAAAGCGGUCUGAGCGAGUGACUUUGUCUAACUGGGCUGAGCUUACACCGGACCUGUUAAAGAUCCUGCAUUCUAGGGUUGCUGGCAGACUGAUCGUCCAUGCAGAUGAGCUGGCCCAGAUGUGGAAGGUGCUGAAUCUCCCACCCAACCUGUUUAAUAGUGUGAUGAAUGUGGGCCGCUUCACGGAGGAGAUUGAGUGGCUGAAGUUUCUAGCCCUUUCUUGCAGCUCUCUUGGAGUUACCAUUGCCAGAACUCUCAAGAUAGUGUGUGAAGUGCUAUCAUCCGACCACGAUGGUGGCCCUCCCCGGAUCCCUUUCAGCACCUUCCAGUUUCUCUACACGUAUAUCGCUGAAGUGGAUGGGGAGAUCUCUGCAUCACACGUCAGUCGAAUGCUCAACUACAUUGAACAGGAAGUUAUUGGUCCUGAUGGUUUAAUCAAGGUGAGUGACUUUACCCAAAACCCCAGGGUUCGGCUGGAGUAAAAGCACAGUUUUGGCAAUUUUAAAGGAAGAUACAGAGAUGACUGUGCUUCAGAAUGACUGAACCCCAUACGCCAUCCAAUGUCAAUUUUCCUGUGAA